GUGCAGGGGGCGUCUCAAGAGUGUUCAAAAGUUCUUGAAAAGUACAUCAAGUCUAAAGCAACCCAACUCACUCUCCGGCAGUGCUGGAACCAUGAGCGAUAAUGAAACAGACCUAACCAUUGGUUACAUCUCCUCUUUCUUAGCUAUCCUUUUGUUUGGCUCAAACUUUGUGCCACUUAAAAAAUACGACACUGGCGAUGGAAUGUUUCUCCAGUGGGUACUUUGUGCUGCCAUAUGGUUGGUUGCCUUGGUGGUCAAUAUGAUAUUACAUUGUCCUAAGUUUUGGCCUUUUGCAAUGCUUGGGGGCUGCAUUUGGGCAACAGGGAACAUUGCUGUCGUCCCAAUUAUCAAAACCAUUGGUUUGGGCCUUGGAAUCUUAAUCUGGGGAUCAUUUAACGCCUUAACUGGCUGGGCGAGCUCAAGGUUUGGCUGGUUUGGACUGGAUGCAGAAGAAGUACCAAAACCGCUGCUAAAUUACAUUGGAGCUGGGCUAUCGGUAGUAAGUGCUUUCAUAUUUCUGUUCAUCAAAAGUGAACUACCGAAUAACCCGUGUUCCGUGGAUACUACACCAUUAAUGACAGAGCAUGUGAUCAACGAAUCUCAAGAUCCCUGUUCCUGGGUGGAUAAACUUUCUAGAGUACACUACCGCAUAGUGGGCUGCAGUCUUGCCGUGAUAUCUGGAGUUCUCUAUGGAUCUACAUUUGUGCCAAUCAUUUAUAUCAAGGACCACAGCAAAAGAAAUGACAGUAUGUAUGCAGGGGCAAGCCAGUAUGAUUUAGACUAUGUUUUUGCACACUUCAGUGGCAUCUUUCUUACAAGUACAGUCUACUUUCUGGCCUACUGUAUAGCCAUGAAAAAUAGUCCUAAACUCUAUCCUGAGGCAGUCUUACCAGGAUUCCUGUCUGGAGUACUUUGGGCAAUAGCUACCUGCUGUUGGUUCAUAGCUAAUCACUCUCUAAGUGCUGUGGUCAGUUUUCCGAUAAUCACUGCUGGUCCAGGAUUAAUAGCUGCAAUGUGGGGUGUCUUCAUGUUUAAGGAAAUACAGGGUCUACAAAACUACCUAUUAAUGGUCCUUGCAUUUUGCAUCAUCUUGACUGGAGCACUAUGCACUGCUUUUUCCAAAAUCUAAGCAUCACCAGACCAGCAGAUGGCAGCAGUGAUCAAGAGAAUACCUCUAUGGGACUCCAGAGCGACUGUGCUGAGAACGGAGUUCAUUUUCAUGACAGCACAUGGAUUUCAACCACUCUUGGAGUGGGCAAAUGAUUUUUUUCCCCCACAAAUGUGAAAAUGAAGAAAAACUGAGUUUCAGUCAAGAUAAAAAUGAAAAUUUCUGGUGA